AAUCUUUUUUUAGUCUGUGAUUUUAUUAUAUUAGUCACUUGGUUUUAUAAUCAUACAAGGAAAAUGAAUGAGAUGUUCAAACAAUAAAUUGUAUAAUAUAAGGAUUAAAAAGAACACUCUUUUGUUUCCACAAUGUUGGCAUCAUUAAGUUGGCAUGAUGGACGUGCGAAGGAAUUUCAUUUGGACCAGGUAUACUGUAGCUGGUGUCCAGGGAGAAUGUUAGUGCCUAAUGGCAUUGUUCCCUCUGGGACAUAGAGCUAUAUGUUUCCCUCAAAACUGGCAAACUGCUAUUAACCUUGACCUUCUUUAAGGACAUUGGUAGUAUUUUAAAAUUACUAGUUUUCUGUGUUUAUUGUAGUGCUAUAGACUGCAAUUUCAAAUUACAUGUAUUCUUAGUAUAUCAUUUUACACCCUUGAUCUAUAAUUCAUCACCUGAGCACACCAGGGGAGGCAGUGUUGUGAACAGUACACUGUAAACUACUUGGUGGAACCAUGCUUUGUAUUUUUAACAUGUAUAAUUGUAUUUAAAAUCAAGUAAGCCUUAGUUCUGUGCCUGGUUUUCUUUGAAAGUAUGGAUUUGUUAUCUGAAGGGUGCAGUUGAUGACAUUUUGACACUGGAUUAAUAUGUUUGCUGCUGCUACCAAGAGCUUUGUCAAGCAAGUUGGAGAUGGAGGGAGAUUAGUUCCUGUUCCAAGCCUUAGUGAGGCUGACAAAUACCAACCUCUAAGUCUGGUGGUAAAAAAGAAGCGAUGCUUUCUGUUUCCUAGAUGUAAAUUUACCUCCACACCUUUUACACUGAAAGAUAUUCUUCUAGGAGACCGAGAAAUUUCAGCUGGUAUUUCAUCUUAUCAGUUACUGAAUUAUGAAGACGAAUCAGAUGUUUCACUCUAUGGAAGGCGAGGCAACCAUAUUGUGAAUGACGUUGGGAUUAAUGUUGCUGGAUCAGAUUCUGUUGCAGUCAGAGCUUCAUUUGGUGUGGUAACUAAACACGAAGUAGAAGUUUCAACAUUACUCAAGGAAAUUACUACACGAAAAAUUAAUUUUGACCACAGCUUGAUACGGCAGUCGAGGAGCAGCAGAAAGGCAGUAUUGUGCGUGGUCAUGGAGAGCAUCCGGACCACACGGCAGUGCUCCCUGUCCGUGCACGCUGGGAUUCGUGGGGAGUCCAUGAGGUUUCACUUUAUGGAUGAACAGAAUCCCAAGGGAAGGGACAAAGCUAUUGUUUUUCCAGCACAUACAACCAUAGCUUUCAGUGUUUUCGAACUCUUCAUUUACUUGGAUGGUGCCUUUGACCUUUGUGUCACUUCAGUGUCAAAAGGAGGAUUCGAAAGGGAAGAAGCAGCAACGUUUGCAUUUUUCUACAGAUUGAGAAACAUACUCUUUGAAAGAAAUAGAAGAGUGAUGGAUGUCAUUUCUCGUUCACAACUUUACUUAGAUGAUCUUUUUUCUGACUACUAUGACAAACCUCUCAGCAUGACCGACAUUUCCCUCAAAGAAGGGACCCACAUCCGAGUUAACUUACUCAAUCACAACAUUCCAAAAGGACCUUGCAUUCUCUGUGGAAUGGGAAACUUGAAAAGGGAGACGGUUUAUGGGUGCUUUCAGUGCUCUGUCGAUGGGCAGAAGUAUGUGCGACUUCAUGCAGUUCCUUGCUUUGAUGUUUGGCACAAGAGAAUGAAAUAAAAUGAAAAAUGAAUGUACUUUGCCUGUGUUUAAGGUGCAAAGGUGCCACACACCUUUCCAAAAUUCUCUAGGUUCUCUUUGAUGAACUGUGGCAAGUUAGAGAGGGAGAGGAAAAAGAAAUUAAUCUCUCUGGGCAUUAUUUUCCCCAUCUAUAAAGUGGAGACGAUAAUAAUGAUAAAAUCUUCUCAUAAGUUGUCAUGAAGGUUAAUACUUUUUAUUAAAAAAAGGUUUAAAUAUAAGAAUGUAGAUGUUUGUCCAUGAAAUCUGCCAGCCGCAUUAGAAGUACUUUGGGGAUUUAGUCUACCAUUUUAGGAAACUUUUGCAUAAAGGUUUUUUUGAAAUACCAGUUUUAUUUUAAUUGGCUUUUAAUUAAAUUUAAGGAUGAAAAGAAUGUACAAGAGGUGACUUUAUGGUGCUUUAAGUAUUGCCUUAUGUCUGGUAAAAUGAGAAAAAUGUGUGAAUAAUUUAAUGUAACCCUAAAUGAUUAAUUGCAGUAUCAGAUUAAAAGCACACCGAGCUCGGUGUGGGGCAUUGCGCACACAGUUAACAGGGCGACUGAGAGUGGUUCUGGGCGGCUUUUCUGUACUGUACAUGUGUUCGCCAGUUUGGGCUUUACAAAAUUCACCACUGUCAUUUUAAAGUUCAGACAGCUAGGACAUGUUCACUUUUCUCCUUUGAAAAUGUUUAAAACAUUUUACAUAUUUAGUUCUGAGAAAUCUUUUUCUUCUGCUCUGUAAGACAUCUAAAACAACCUAAAUUAAUUUACUAUAUACCCUUAUGAAAAUAAUUGCAAAAAUAAUAUGUUCAAAUCCUAGACCUCAAAAGUGUGUAAUUACAGCACUCAUGAUUAGCUAUAUGCCUAUGAAGGUGUAACGCAAUUGUGCAAAUACGAGCUACUUGUGUACUAUAUGCGUGUAGAAUGAUUAAAAUUUUAUUUUUUUAACUA